CUUUAAUUUGUUGCCAGUGCGGUGAUCACGUGACAGUAUGCGCUCUCCCCUGAGAGCACUUCCGGUAACGUUUCCUGUGUUUGUAAACUGUUAAAAUUGUCCGACAAGAAAACAUUGGGCUACUGUAAACCGAGAAGAGUAAGGCUUGGGCCCCUGAUGGUUGGGGCUUGUGUGGUCUCUAAACACUCUCCCUGCCCCGAGCGAAGCCCCCUCUGUACCCCAACACACACACACACACACACAUACAUACACUCUCACCACUGCGAUGUCACACCUUUCCAACAGCUCAGUGAGAGAUCACAUGAAAUGGGCUGGGUUGCUUGGCUGUGAAGCAGUGCUGUCCAGCAUGGCACUUAUGCAGGCCAGCUCCAUGCCCAGCCAUAAGAAGAUGGGCUCUCAUCUGGGCCAGGGACAGAGAGAAAACAAUCACAGCCACAACCAGAACACACACAGCCAACACGGCCUCAUGGUGCUUCCCUCAGGAGUCAGCUGCCCACCAUUGCUCAUCCGCAAGGAUGGAGAGUUUCACUCAUCCAGGCUCUUGGAUGAAAAAGACGUUCAAGUCAGCCAGAACGUGCAGCCAAAGAAGAAGAACAGGAAGUCUGGACUUCCCACCAAAAUGAGAGAAAAACCCCAGGUGGAGAUUCCUGACGUUAAUGACGAUAACUCACUCAGCUCUCAAGUGCAGAAGAACUUCAUAUGUGAGCACUGCUACAGUGCUUUCCGCAGUAGCUACCAUCUCAAACGGCACAUUCUCACCCAUACGGGGGAAAAGCCAUUCGGGUGUGAUAUGUGUGACAUGAGGUUUAUUCAGCGCUACCACCUGGAAAGACAUAAGCGUGUUCACAGCGGUGAGAAGCCUUAUCAGUGUGACCGCUGCCAACAGAACUUUUCCAGAACCGACCGGUUACUACGGCAUCGACGUUUGUGUGCCGUGGGCAUCCCUAAAGAGGAGAACCAGCCGUGCUGUGAGGGACGGUCGUAUUCUCAGGACCCCUCUCAGCACUCGGCGUCCUGGAGCCCACUGCAGACAAACAACAGCAGGCUGGCGGCGUGACAGCCUUCCGAUCGCGUACAAACCACUUCCCAGGAAACGCAAUGGACUCGCCAACAUGACCUGACCGGGGAUCUGAGCCUGUAAACUGUUUAAAGACUCCAGUGUGUCCAGCUCUGAUCCCAGUGGACUCUUUUAUAUUGCUUAGACUCUGGGAAAUAGCGUAUUUUGUAUUUUAGAUGGUACUGUGAUCAGCAGGCGGGUUAGUUGUGCAUUCAAUACAGGCAAUAAUGAUUUCUGGUAGUUUAGAAAUGCUUUCUUGUGUAGAUCCCAUGCAGGACUGUAGAUUGUUGAGAUUCUCAGUGUUACGUUGUGCUCACAUUUAAUUUUGCAAGUAAAAUCCAGUCAUUUCAA